UUUAAGGGUGAUUUUUAGCUUUGGGAUUGAGCCAAAAACCGUGGAGUGGCGGGAGGGACCCACACACGGAUUCAGGACUCCUUUCUUUUACAGGCUUUGCCGGCCUGCUCUUCUACGAAAGCGUCCUCUCUCUCUUUUCUCCCUCUCCUUCUUUUUAGAUUUUAUUGAAACGAAAGCACCAAAUUUAAACAUCAACCAUAACGUACAAAAGCAUAAACAGAUGAGUCGACCAAUAAUUACAAAGAGAAAACACGCCAUCGCUUCAAAAUCUUUUCCCUCCUUCCUUCACACCAAACGCGUGUUACGAUUCUUUUCAUUUGUCUGCUCACAGAGAGAGAGAGAGAGAGAGAUGGGGAAAGGGCUGAAGCUUCGAAUCUCUCGAGUCAUCCCGUCAUUCCUCUCAUGCCGUUCGAAGGAAGCGUAUUCGGUGCCGGAAAGUCCGGCUCCGUUGGUGCCCACGCCGGGAUUCGGUUCGUCUCCGGCGAGCGACGACUUUAUCCCCACCUUCCCCCGAGCCGCUUCUUUGUCCCCCAAGCAACGGUCCUGCUUUGGGGUCUCCCAAUUCAGAGCUGCCGGAGAGCCAAGAGGCAGGCCCGACGUUAAAUUCAUCCACGACCUAGACCUGCUCGUCGUGGAGGAUGCCGGUUUCCGGUGGAAGAAGGAAGAGAACUGGCACGUCGUCUCUCGCGAAGACCAGACGGUCCGCCGGAAGAUCUCCAUCUCCUUGUCCGACAAGGGCGACGUCUGCCCUCCGGCUUCCCCGGCCUCCCCGCAGAACUCCAGCUUCAUGGCCCAGGAGAGAAGGGCGAGGAGCCGGGGCAGAGGCCAGAGGCGCAAGGCUUCCUCGAGGGCCCAGAGGCGCAGCAACUCGUCGGCUGACUCCGGCUGGUUCAGCAGCGAAGAGGACGAAACAGAGACGCUCUUCUCCUCCAAAAGCUUCUCCUCCGACUCGUCAGACUUCUUCCAGAACCAACUAUUGACAAUCCAGGAGUCGCCCUGCGGGAUCAAGAGGUCGUCGGGUAGGCGGAAGCCCGCCAAGCCCCGCCGCGGCACCGCCCGCCCUGCCAGCUCUCCGGCGCUGACGUCCGGUUUCCGGAGGAUCCUGCCGUGGGCGUUCGACGGGAAGGUGAAGGAGAGCUUCGCCGUAGUGAAGCGGUCGAGGGACCCCUACCAUGAUUUCAUGAAAUCAAUGAUGGAGAUGAUCACGGAGAAGGAGUUGUUCGACGCCAGAGACCUGGAGCAGCUCCUCCGUUGCUUCCUCUCCCUGAACGCCCCCCACCACCACGACGUCAUCGUUCGCGUCUUCUCCGAUGUAUGGGACGCUCUCUUCUCCAACGCUUCCCCGUUGGAGUAAGCCGUUAGCGGCUUCCUCCUCUUCAGUAUCCUUAACGCUUGACAUAGCAUGUAAUUCACUUCACAUUACGAGUAAUUAUAAUGUAAUAAUCUUCUCCCUC